AUGGGGUUAGCCUUCAAUAUCUUCGUCGCGACAUUCUGUUCCAUCGGAUCGUUCUUGUUCGGUGGCAUCAUCUCUUCGGUGCUUACAUUCAACACCUUCCUGGGCGAUUUCGACAAUCCAAGCCCCGCACUAACGGGAGCAAUCGUCUCAACGUUCACGGGCGGAUGUUUCUUCGGCUCUAUGGCCGGCGGUUGGAUAAGUGACAGGCUUGGUAGAAAGAUAGCCAUUCAGAUCGGCGCAGUGAUUGCACUGUGGGGAUGCGCGAUGCAGACUGGAGCGCGUAACAUCGCGACGCUGUUCGUAGGGCGUGUAGUUGGAGGCCUAGCGAUUGGACUUCUGUCAAUGACCGUCCCCCUUUACAACACCGAAGUUGCACCCCCGAAGAUUCGUGGAUUUUUGGUCGGCUUGACUCAACAGAUGCUUGGCAUCGGUUUCAUCGUCGCUAACUGGGUCGGCUACGGCUGCCAAUACCUCGACGGAAGUUCAGAAUGGCGACUUCCUCUAGGCCUUCAGAUGGCGCCAGCGUUCCUCCUCCUUGUCGGUAUCCAAUUUCUUCCGCAAAGCCCACGUUGGCUCCUUGAACAAGGCCGGGACGACGAGGCGCGCGAAGUUAUAUACAAACUGCAUGAUGUCUCUACUCCCGAAGCCAAGGCCGUCGCGGACGCAGAUUUCCUCUCUAUGAGCGACACCAUCAAGGCAGAAUUACUCAUGAAAAGUAAGAGGGUUAGCGAUUUGUGGGCGGAUGCAGGGACGGUGAAGCGGUCUUUGGUCGCGAUUGGGGUGCAGGUGUUCGGGCAGUUUACAGGUGUAAAUGUUAUCAACUAUUAUGGCCCAAGAAUGUAUGCUUCCCUGGGCAUUGAAGCCGGGAAGCUGCUCCUGAUUCAGGGUAUCUACGGCGCCGUUGGUCCUAUUACCAAUUUCAUCUUCAUCACGCUCAUCCUCGACACCGUCGGACGAAAAAAGCCCCUUCUCUUCGGAUGUGCCGCAAACGUCGCCCUCUUCUCUGUCUUAGCUGCUAUCCUUGCCUCUUUCCCUCCAGGCGAUGGAGUUACCAACUUUGCAGCACAGCGGGCUGGUAUUGGCAUGAUUUUCAUGUUGAGUAUUGUGUUCUCGUUGAGUUUCGGUCCUGUCAGUUGGGUGUUAGCUUCAGAGGUCUUCCCCACGAGGACGAGAGCUAUUGGAACAGCCGCUGCGACAUGUGCAAAUUGGGCCAUGAAUGUGUUGAUCUCGGAGGUCGCGCCCAUUGGACUCGACAACUCAGGAUAUAAAUUUUAUAUUCUGUUCAUCGUCUUGAACGCAGUAGACUUCAUCGUAAUUCUAUGGUUCUUCCCCGAAACUAAAGGCAAGUCCUUGGAAGAUAUGGCGAUUGUCUUUGGAGAUAAGGUCGAUCCUCGAGAGAUAUUGCAUGAGCAUGGCCGGCCGACGACGAAAGAGCAGAAUGGGAAGGUGCACGGAAGUCACGAGAAGAUCUCUAUUGGGGACCAUGAACAUCACGAACACGAAGCUGUAUGA